AAGUAUUAUUCCAAAGACCGUAUCCUUCAACGAAACAAAAAACAAAGUACAUAUCAUAUAUGCAUGGCAAUAUGCAUAUAGAGAAGCUCGAAGAAGUAACGGGAGAUGGCAGAUAGAUGUAGGUUUCAAAGGCGAGUGCAACUAGUCGAAGAAGUGUUAAAAAAAUACUUGACAGUAGAUUAUAGGCAAACAGUGUUUACAGAAGGUUCAAAGUGUAAAUUAUUAAAGUGGAGGUAUGUCUGUGAUAUGUAUAAAAGUAGUAAGAAGUAGGUUUAGUAAAAUUUCGAGUAUGUAAUGUAAUGGUAAAAAAUACAUUAAAUGAAGAAACAUGUUU